UGUUCAUCCUACAUCAGUCGUUUUCUAAUCGUUUAAAGAAGACAAACAUCAAGCGAGAUGAAGUGCCUGUCCGUAGUGAUCUUAGCUCUGGUCGUAAUCGCGGCCGAGAGCAAAGUUCUGCCAGCCAGCAAUGUCGAGUCCCAGCAGACUGAGACACAACCUCUCCAAUUGUCCGAUCAGAUCAGAGAGGCUCAAAAUCAGAUCGCCUCUCUGGGUGCUCAGCUUCAGGACCUGUUGCAUUUACCCAAUCAGGAAGAAAUUGCUAACACCAUAAAAGAACAAAGCAGCAAUUUGGCCAACAGCAUUCAAUCAUUCAUGAAGAACGUAACUGAUGAGAUCAAAACCAAAACCCCCGAGUUGGAAAAUCUCUGGGAGAACGUAAAGACCAAAUUGGCGGAUAUACCUAGCAACUUAAACGUCAAUCCCGAGACCACGGAACAAGUGAAUCAGCUGCAAGCUAAGUUCCAAGAGGGUCUUCAGACUCUUGUAAACGAGUCCGAGAACGUUGCUAAAGCUCUCAACAAAAACUCCGAAAAAAUGCAAGAUAGUAUAUCCAAGUUCACCAAGCAAGCGUUAGACAUCGUCGCGCAAGCUUCUCAGAACUUCAACAAUCAAUUGCAACAAUCCUCGUCUACAGCUCAACCAUGAAAUUAAAAAGAAGAAGGUACAAAAUCUCGCGUACAAAAUUAUUCGCAGUACAAGUGCACCGAACAACAACACACACAUACAAUAAUCAGCUAACAUAUUGUCAUACAUAUUGUAUCACACAUAAAUAGCCUUAAAAUAUAUAUAUAUAUAUAAUUUUAAAAAUCCUGAAAUUUAUGCGUAUAUAUCAUUCUUAUCCUGAAAUUUUUCUGACAUUUAAGUUGAAUGAUGAUAUUAUUUGAGUUAACAAUCUCUGCCGGCGCGCGAACGUGAGAACAAACCAACCAAUAAAAAUGUUUUCUUAAAUAAUCAUUGUUGUAUCAUAAUGUUUAUCAGCUUUUGCGCGAACAAGAUACAUAUUUGUCCGGAAAUUCUGCGGCAUACGAUUUUAUUGAUAUCGAGAAACAAAACUUCCGUGCUUACAACAGAUAAAAAAUAUCAAAAUAUAAAAUUUAAUAUCAUAUUUUUAGGGAGAGAGAGAGAGAGAGAGAGAGAGAGAGUUUCGUGUGUUUCGCGCGCGAGUUUUAUUCGAUUUGAUAUCUCAUUUUUUUAUGCUAACAAAGAUGAUAACAUUUAACCGCGAUCAAAUGUGCAAUUCAUCGAUAUGCAUAUAUCGAUGCACAUGUGCACGAGUUUAUGUAAUUUAAAAAAAAAAAAAAAAA